AAACUGGGCAUCAACAGGAUACCAUCAUCACUAUCAUCACCACCAUCUUCACAUCAAAAUCAUGAUCAGUGUCAUUUCAAACACCAGUUUUCUGCUAAACCUGCACAUUUUCUAUCAGCAACAUUGUUGCUGUCAUCAAUGCCACAACCAUUUAUGACAGGAUUAAUUUUAUCAGCUAUUUUAGCAUUUCAGCAGUUAGGGGGUGUCAGUUUUUCAAAAUUUGUUUGGGGGAGUGCUUCCCCCAGACCCAUCCAGAGGGUGUGGCAUUUCCUGGGAUCGCUGUCUUGUUUAUGCCUACUUUGUAGGGUCCUGCUGCCUUAUGUCCUACUGUCCUACUGCUGCAGUGAGAACUGAUGAUGGUAAAUGUCCUGGCUAAUACCAUUGCUUGACAGUGAUAAAUGAGAGGAUUGCUCUUGGUAGCAAUAUGUUGUUACUAUUACCUCCAAAUUUAAACAGCUUUGAAGUCUGCAUAAUCUCAUUUCAUUUAAUAUAAAAUAAUUAUAAUUUUUUUCUUACUUUUUUCCUCUUCCAACCUCCUGUUAACUUUGUAUGCCUGACCCACCUCAAUUAAUGUUCCUGCUACUUAGUGGGUCAGAACUAUCUUAUAUAUUUAUGUAAAGUAAAUAAAGGUUGUUUGUUUUGUAUCAUUGUUGGUGUGGUAAUAACAACUUAAAGGGGUGUCUCUUCUAAAUGAAUUUGGCACUCUUUUUCUUUUUUUUUUAUUUGCUGCUUUUUAAAUAUGCUUGUCUUUUUUUAUUCACAAUGCUUCAUUUAUGUUUAUCCUUUAUUUUUUCUAUACAUUUUAUUUUAGCUUAUUGAUUUUGGUGCAUUCCAACAGAACACUAUCAUUGACACUGGCUUUAGUCAGCCACAACAGGUACAUGUUAUACAUGGGUGCUUGAUUUGCCAGCUUAUUACAUUGUCCUUCAUUUUUAAAACAUUUUCCACAAUACCCUUUCAUUUUUAUUUUUGUUAUUAAUUUCUGGUGGUGUAUUUUGGCAAAGAAAAAUGCCAAGAUGUAUAAUCCUUGCAGGCUUUGUUUGCUAUGUCAAUUAUCUCAAAUAGGGGAUUGUCAAAAUGGGAUGGAGUAGACAGGACAUUGAAGGAAGCAAAAGGCUUCAAGCUAAUGGCAAUAUGGCUUGUGUCGCAACUUUGCUGUCCUUGUUGCAAUAUUAUUCACUUGGUCUUCUGCAGAACAACCAUUUAACCACUAACAAUGAUUAUUAUAAAUUUUUCUUUCCAACAGCUCAACUCCACUGCACCUCAGGAGUCAAAUGAGGAGUCACUUCUAAAAGAUGAUUCAACAACAAACAAGUCAACUAAAGGUAGAGAAAUUAAUUGCUUAUUGUAGUUACUUUUUCAAAAUGUAUUUUAUUAAUGAUUCUUUCCUGGCAAGCUAUCCCAACCCCAGAUACCACAUGAGUAAAGUUGAAUGAAAGAGAUAAUUAUAAUUAUUAAAAUGUGGAAAGGUCUGUCAGUUUGACUUGCCAAAUUUUUGUUUGGAAUCACUUUGUGCAUGAAUAAAUCUACAUCUUGUGACUAGGUUCUUAACCCAAGUGUUUUCAAUAUUUGCUAAGGGUGCAUCAAAAUGUCUGAUCACUGUGACAUUACUUAAUUAUGUAUUUGUGCACUUUGCUUUUGUUUAUCCUUCCUACAGACAGCAUCAUGGCAUUGUAUGCUCCAAAAAGUCAAAAUAAUCAACCACAGAUGUAUAAUGUUCCAGGAGGGGUGUACAUAACUCCACAGCAACAUCAACAGCAGCCUCGCCCGGCUGCACCCGCCAUGUUCAACAGAAUGGGCUCAAUGCCUGUCCAUGGUGUUUCUAUGGGUAUGGGUCCCCAACUGGGGAAUCCCCAUCAGCAGGUAGUCAUGCAACAGAGACAACAACAACAGCAACAACAGGUAAAGCUAUUUUUAAAAUCUCCUUUCAAUGAGUGAGGGUUCCUGUUCCUGUCAAGGAAGUUGUAACUUUUGAUUCUGUUUUGAAAACUACUAUGAUAUUCCCAUCAAAAUCAAAUCUAUUUUAUGCAGUUGAAUGCCCUGUCUACAAUGGCCACCUUGGGGGUACAGUAAAAUCCCAAUUUCUUGAACCCUCUGUUUUAGGAAAUUCCUGAUCAAUAAUUCGAACCAAACCUAACUAGCACCCUUCUUACUUUAGAAAAACAUAGAGAAUGUAUUAGAUAGCUUCGAAAAUUGUACGUGAAUGGAACAGUCAUCUAGAAAUUUUUAGCUGUCCUCCUCCAAACAGAUAUUUUACAGAAAACAGUCGUUGGGUGUCCCUGUUAAGCCCUAAGUGUGAUCAGCAUAAAAUUUCUCCCUGUAAUAUCAAUGCUUUAUAAAACAGUUUGGUGACAAAAAUUGAGGACAUGAUCACAACAGAUAUAUUGAGUUGAUAAUUUAACAACUUCUCCCUGCUACUUCAGUAGAAAAUGCAUAGGGGCACCAAGGGAGAAUUAAAACUUUGAUAUCAGGGGUUAAAAUGGGGUUUUAUAGCAAAGUUGUUUUUUUAUGCUAAUGGACAGGUUGCCCAGAUUCAACAGCAGAUGCAACAGAUGCGGCUGAAACAACAGUUGGGACCACAACAGAUGACCAUGCAGAGUGGAGCAGGUCUGUUUGGCUCUGGCCAGCCAGCGAUGGCAAAUGGUUGGAUGCCAUCACAACAACCAAUGUCAUUUCCACAGCAACAGCAUCCUCAGUUUGUCACUACUGGACCAGCGCCACCCAGCAUGAACUAUGGAGGUUUUCCAAUGGCAACCAUGCCAGGCUCAGGCCAAACCCUUAGCAAUCAGUUGUGGAAGUGACAGAGAUGUUUUUAAUGUAAAUAAGAAUAUUAUGGAUUCAUUCUAUAAAUCUUGUACAUUUUGGGUAUCUCAAAAUUAUACAGAUUACCUUAAACUCACUAUUUGUGCUUUCUGGGGCAAAGACCAUCUGAUCAAGUUUUCACUGGUGAAAACUUUGCCUUCCUCCUGGGACCUUAGUUUUGUCAAGACUGCAUAUACAUAUGUACACAGUAGUAGUUGUUUUAUUGUUUUAAUGAUUGACUCAAAGACCCAGGGGGGGUACUCAGGAUUUCAAGUGACGGGGAUGAUCGAAGGAUUUUUUGGGGUUUGAAAUUUUCGAUUCCGGGAUUUUUUUGGUUACGAAAAUUUGGCAAGUAUUUUUUUGGGUAGCUUGAUUUGAGUACGGAUUUUUUGGGGUAUUAAAAAGAAUCAGUAGUGCCCUGGCUGCGCAGUUCUGCGAAUAAAGUACAAACAAAUGUGUUUUGCUGUUGUUUAAUAGUUAACUAUAGUGUCGCUUUACAUCGCACGUGUUAUAUAAUAGUCUGCAUUGUCCCGUGGUGCCCGGCCGUGUACAAGACUUCAACGGCGUCAAUUCAAUUCAGUUGGUCGAGGGAUUUUUGUGGGUUUUGCUGGAAGCCCUAUGGAUUUUUUUGGGUCUUGACUUUUGGCUCCAUUCGAUCAUCCCUGUCACUUGAAAUCCCGAGUACCCCACCUGGUCUCAAAGAAUAGGUCAAGCUUGCUGGAAAGAGAAUAGACUGUACAGUUGCUGGGGUGGAUUUCAAAUGUAAUUUCUCACUGUAAAAAUUUUUGGGAAGUUGAAAUGGAAAUUAAGGAAGUUAAACUAAGUUACUUCAGAAACUAAAUCUGGCUAGUACUUGACAUCUAGCUGCCUAGGACUGGAGGGACUAAACAGAUCUCCAGAGUUACAUUAUUUUGUAUUAUUAUGAUCAUUAUCUUAUUUUUAAUAAUUCAUCUGUUGAUUAGUCUUAAUGAAUUAGAAAAUGCUCUGACAAAUGAUGUAACUGACAUAACUUGUGUAACGUACCAUGUAAAUGUAAAAAUGUGUCAGCAAAAUUAACUUAAAUCAAAAAUAUUUGUGUCAAAUGCACCAGCAAAUCCAUCAUACCUGAGGGACCAACUCUAGCUGUCUGUUUUGUACAGGUUUCUUAUUGGGCCAGAGUUGAUUGUAAACAGCAACUUGACAUUUCUCCAUAAUUUAAGUUUGCGAGCAAAUUCUCAGUGUGGAAAGUGGUAGAGUAAAAAACUAUAUAACCCAUUUACACCCUUGGCCUCCCUCUUGUGAUUCUCCAAUGAAGAGCUUGUCUGGAGGAGAACCGUAAUUGAAGUGAUGCUUGUAAAAUGGACAAAGUGGCUUAAUACUGCCUAAUAUUAAUUUUUUGCAAGAAUCAAAGGGGGAAUUUGACAUUCAAAUGCAUAUUUUCUUCCUCUGUGGGAGUGAUAUUGUCAACACUGCAAAAGAAACAAAAUGUUAAGUUUUAGUGGAGGGACUUGUUAUGAAAGCAUGAAAACUUUGGAAAGGCAUAACAUUGUGAGGUUCCAGAAAAUAUAAGUCUUUAGACAGUAUGGAAUUUGCUGGUGUUAUUCACAAUAAUAAAGCUGCAGUUGUAAUUUGUAUUUGGAUAAAAAUAAUGUAGAGGAUGUUCGUCUGUAAUUACCUAGAUGGUGUAGAUAAAUUGAGUAAAUGUUCAAUAAUAGUUGGUUUGUAAGGAGUACAAAAUAAAAAAUCAACAAGAUGAAAAUCAUUGGAGAAAUAAUCAGUUCCAUGUGGUCCAACAGUAGCACAAGUGAUUAAAUGAUAGGGGGACACUUGUGUAGUCCUUGUAUGGUGUGUCUUCCUAGGCCUUCUGGGUUAAUUCAUUUUGGUGAGGUAUCCAGGACUUGCUCGGACCAUGUGACCCAAAAUGCAUAGGCCAUGGAAUAAUCGGUUAGCAUUAGAUCCCCUCGGCCUAAACCCCCCUUGACACCUUAUGAAGUUUAAACAACCUAGUAUAGUGAUUAGGGUUAAGCACCGAGAGUAGUGAUUAGGGUUAAGCACUGACUCCAAAUGGUUAGCUUUUAUUUAGGGUUAGGGUUGUUGCUAUAUACCUUCAAAUCAAACUAAUGCUCGCCAGCAAAUCCUCAGUGGCAUAGUGGUAUAAAGAAUAUGGACUGCAAACACUACACUCUGGGUUCGAUUCUUACUCUUGCUCUUCUGAAUUUCAUUUUUCCUUAAAAAUUGAAGAGAC